AAAGAAAAAAAAAAUACUUCCCCAGAGUGAUAGGAAAUAUUUUCAACUGAGAAACCUACGAAAAACCACAAUCUCACACCAUCACCAUCAAUGGGGCAUUUCUUUGACUUCACACACUAUAAAUACACGAGUCUAAACGACACACAUCAAUCCACGCCAGAUCUGAGUUGAAAGCAGUUGCUUAAACUUAGUGUCUGUAACAACAGAACUUGUACACAAAUAAUCUCAUCACAUUGGAUAAAUGGAUUCACUACAACGUUUCACUUUCCUCCUUGGAGUAUAUGUGGUGUCUCUUGGACUGAUAUGUGCUACUGAUUAUAUACCGGAAAGCUUGAGAGAAGAUAUCAAGAAGGUUAAAGAGCAUAUUAAAAUGAGUGAUGGAGAUAAACGGCUGUUCGGAAAUCCAGUUUUUGUCAAGCAUUUGGAGAAUCUUGACUCCAAGUAUCAAGUAGGCCUACAGAAACUGCUUGUGCAUGAAAUCCUAGACACAUAUGCCACUAUCCUGCGGAAAAUGAAGAACAAUAUUGAGAAUGAGAGUGUGCAGCUCAGCAUCGCAAACAUUGAAGGUGCAAUUGGAGUCCUGGACAAGAGCUUCCUGAAGUACAAUGACCUGAAGAAAACACUACAAGAGCUCUGGGCCAUUAAGACAGGCGACUUGACGAUGCAAAAGAAGGCAAUAAUGGAGCUGAUGAAAGUUUACCAGAAGGCCUCCAUACUUGCCCAUAAAACGAAUGAGAACCAGCGUAAGAGGCGGCAAGCCGUACGCAGGCAGCUACGUUAGACGACCAAUGCUGACAGCCCCAUGUGCCUACAUGUAGAUGUAUUUAUUGUAUUUUUAUAUUUUAUUUUAUUUAAUCUAUUUAUUUGUGGAAGCUUUGAGUGGUGAAUAGCAAGACACUGCAUUUUUGCACUUUUCUGUAAGAUCUGUUGGCUAUUACUGAGAUGUAUAGUCUAUGACUGAAUAAAAAGCAUACAAAAACA